CCUGACAUGAUUCGGGGACUGCUCUGCCGCGACGUUGCGUCAAGCAGGCCAGGGCGAUGUGCUGCUGCUCUAUCUGAUACCGCAUGAAAUUGAACAGUUCAUGCGCCGGAAGCUGAGGCUGAUGCCUGGAGUGUUGCUCACGGACCGCUGCUUCCGUCGAUGUGCAGAGAGACGUUAAAAGUUACCCCGCGAAGCCACGGUACGGUCCUACCUUCCGAACGGACGAACGUGAAGUGGGAUAUAAAAGUCAUCAUUCCGUGCCGUUGGUUCUGUCGUCGAAGGCUUGCUCGUUGACAUUGAACACGAUGCCCUCCGCAAAGAUCUACUACGACGCUGACGCCGAUCUGGGCCUGUUGAAGGAGAAGAAGAUUGUCUUCUUAGGUUUUGGAAACCAGGGUGCUGCGCAGGCUCAGAACCUCCGUGAUACUGGCGUCUCCAAUGAGCAGAUCCUCAUCGCGAACCGGACCGACUCGUACGCAGAGGAUGCGAAGGCGAAGGGCUUCAACGUUGAACACGACUUUGUCAAGGCCGCUAAGGUUGCGGAUGUGGUCUUCAUUCUGAUCCCUGAUCAAGUUCAGCCUCGUGUCUUUAACGAGCAGUUUGCUCCUAAUCUUAAGGAUGGCACAACCAUCGUUGUCGCCAGCGGCUACAAUGUGUACUUCAAGCUUUUGACCUUCAAGCCCUCACAAGAUGUCGUCAUGGUCGCUCCCCGGAUGAUCGGAUCGUCCGUACGCAGCCUUUACGUCAAAGGAAAGGGCUUUCCGUGCUUCGUCUCCGUAGAGCAGGACGGAACAGGCAAUGGUCUUGUAAUCGCUUUGGCGCUCUCGCGAGCGAUCGGAGCGACAAAAGCCGGUGCUAUCGCGUCUUCGGUGCGCGAGGAGACUGCCAUGGAUCUGAUGGCAGAGCAAGCUCUCUGGCCAAACAUCAUUAUGUUAUUUAGGGAGGCGUUCGUUGUGCUGAAGGAAGCAGGUUGUUCAGACGAGGCACUGUGUUACGAGAUGUGGAUGUCCAAGGAGCCUGCGGAGAUCUUCGAGCGUGCAGCUGAAGACGGUUUCAUUGCUCAGCUCAAAUACCACUCAACGGUGUCGCAGUAUGGACAACUAAGCGGGUCGUUGGCGCUAGACGGCCGGGCCGCCCGUGAGCACUUCAAGAACAUCUUGUAUAACCAGGUGCUCAACGGCAAGUUCUGUGCUGAGUUCAGCAAGAUCGAAGAGGACCUGGAGAAGGAGGGGGAUGCCAAUCCUCUCAACCAGCUAUACAAGAAGGCAGAAGAAACUGAGCUUGUACAGGCGGAGAAGAGAGUGCGAUCCAGACUUGCGAAUCUCCUGUAGCGACCUCUGAGACUUUACGAUCAUGUACAAACAUAGAUUCCAUGUCUUACUCCAUCUUCGCACUUCUUUAGACUGGAAAGUCUAUAAGGUCGAUGAGAAACCCGCCUUUGUGUAAGGUGCUACGUGGAGCGACCUCCGGGUUCCGAAAAAGAGGACUGGGUCUGGA